AUGGCUAAUGCACCGGGACGUCCGAGCAAGGCUUGCGAUGUCUGUAAAAAGCAAAAGAUACGCUGCUCCGGAGAGCGACCCAGCUGUAAGCGAUGUUCAAGAUUAAAGAACACCUGCCAAUAUGACACCAUUCGAACUCACGGUAGAGCGACUAAGGGAACGAGGAAAUCUGCAGGUGCACAUGGAACUUCACGUUCGGUUCACUCGAGUCAUCUGGUCCCAGUUGUUCAACCAGCUUUUCUCAGCAUCGAACCUGCAUCAAACCACGAUUUGUUCAAAGGCAUCGCCCCAUCAUUGGUCAAUACCCUGGUUGAACUAUACUUCGACAAUGUCUAUCAAUCAACUCUUCUCCUGCACAGAAGCACAUUCAUGCAAUCACUUGCCAAUCAGACCAUUAAGCCUCAUAUUCUUCUUAGUAUUUGUGCCUGGGGUGCCAAUUUCUACCGUGAUAACUCUGGGAAGGCUACCCUCAAAGAACAAGGUCUAAUGACAAAGUGGGCUAAAGAAGCCGGAGCACUGGUCUUUCAAGAUGCUGAAGAGCUCAACGAUGAUAAUCUCGUGACGUUCUGCAAUCUUUCGCUGUUCUGGCAUAGUCAAGGUUCAUGGAGGAUAAGUUAUCUUCACAAAGGCAACGCCUGUCAACUCCUCCACAUAAACGGAACAGGUCCAAAGAACGGCUCGUCACUCCAAGCUGAAAUGCGACGAAGACGUUUCUGGGCAUGCUAUUUGUUUCACUGCUUCAGUUGCGAGAAGUUAUUCCGCUUUGAAGCAAUUGCUGAUAUUGAGAAUCUGCUACUGCCUUGGUCUGAAGAAGACUUUGCGGUCGGGACUUCGAGCUCAGCGAUCGCAACGAUCGCGAAUGGGAUUGGCUCGGGAAGUAUCUUUGCAGAGCUCAUACGCGGUCUCAAUCUCUGGUCGUCUGUCGUGUCUGUCGUCAGAUCCGAGGGCGAUCUCAAUUUGCGCCUUCGAGAAAUCUUUAGGGUUGAGAACAACAUCUCCUCAUGGUGGAACAAUGUUCCUGUGGCGUUCAAGCUUGGUGCAUCUACUGUCUCAAGCAUACCACGGAAUAGCUUACCCAAAAUUAUGCUCACCAACCUCGCCUAUCACCAAUCCCUCUGUGCACUGCACUCAUCCAUCGUUCCGCUCUUCUGCUGGUCGAAAGGUGACAAGGCUUACUCAUCAGCCAGACAAUUAUCCGCCCAAGUCGCGUUUGAUCACGCUGUUGCAAUUUCCAGUCUCAUCUCUACGAUAUUAAGUACAGGUUAUCCGCUCAGUUCGAUGCCGAUAUUUGUCGCAUACUCAGCUUACUCAAGUUGUGCUAUCCAAAUCCCUUUUCUUUGGUGCCCUGGGCGAUCAGUUAGAGAGCGAGCUCAACUCAACAUCGACGCCAAUGUUGAAAUGAUGCAGGGCAUGUCAACUUGCUGGAAGUUAGCUUCACUAUUGCAACUUUAUGUGCGGUGCCUUCAUAAUGUUCAUAAACGCAACCCGCCUGUAAUUUCUGGCGAACCCAAGUAUAUGGAUGUUUCGGCACUUGUUGACUUUGACGUCGAUGCGUCGCUUGCAAAAUCAACGAUUUUACAAUUUGCUGGCAUGUUGCGAUCUGAUGAGAACGGAUAUGUCAAAGCCGGAGGUGAAACCUCAGACCCAACCAUCACCAUUGCUGCUAGUAGUGACGAGGCUUUUGACCGCGCAGCGAAUACGACUUAUCCGAACACGAUAAUUCCGCAAACUCCGAAACAACUUGACGCAGGGUCCAGUGAGUGGCCGAUAUCUGACAUAUUCAACUCUCUCAUCGAUGCUGAUAUGGCCGGUCUUUUUUCUGUCGACAACAAUCUCGAUCUGUCGUUCUUGGAUGCAGAUCAGACCUCAUGGGACUUCGGCCUCAACCUAGAAAUACCCUAG